CGCAACGCAGCAGCGGAUUGAGGAAGCGAGCGUCAGUCCAGCUGUUUUGACGCCUGGGUGUAGCGAGUGAACGUGGAUAGAAGGAGAGAGAGGAGAAAAAAAAUCGUGGAUUAGGCAUCAUGUCGAAGAACACCGUGUCCGACCGAUUCCGAAAAGUAGAUGUGGAUGAAUACGACGAGAACAAGUUUGUAGACGAGGAGGAUGGAGCAGAGAACCAGCUGGGUCCGGAUGAAGCAGAAGUGGACUCCCUGAUCAGACAAGGGAACCUCACGGAAGCUUUGAAGGCCGUGCUGAAAAACCCGCCGAUCAAUACCAAGAAUCAGAACGUCAAGGACCGUGCUGAAGGCCUGGUUCUGAAAGUGCUCAGCGCCUUCAAGGCAAGUGACAUCGAGAAAGGAGUGCAGUCUCUGGAUAAGAACGGCGUAGACCUGCUGAUGAAGUACAUCUACAAGGGCUUCGAGCAGCCGUCAGAAAACAGCAGCGCCAUCCUGCUCCAGUGGCACGAAAAGGCUCUCUCUGCAGGAGGUGUGGGCUGCAUUGUCAGAGUACUGACCGCACGGAAAACCGUUUAAACCCCGACCUCUCUACUCCACCCCACAGGAGGGCGACACCUGCCUGCACAUUCAGAACAAAGGCGAUAUUUUUACAGGGUGCUGCAAACGACACACAUCUCACACAUUCGCUUCACAAUCUUUUCUUUAUCGUUCACAUAGACAGCUAUGUCCAUACACGCUUCACUCAGGAAGGCAUCGCGUCUUACUUUCUCAAGCAGCGUAUUAUGAUUUGCUAUUGUUUUUUUUUAAUAUAACCUAUACAUUUUUAAUGGUUAAGGUGUUAUAUGGUUACAGUAGCACCAGGCUUUUAUCUGUUGUAGCUGUUUAUUGCUGUAUUCUUUUUUUAGACCAAAGAGCAUUGGGUGCUCGCGACACACACGGAUAUGUUAUAUAUAACAUAGAAAUGUAUGACACGUCUGAACCAUGUGACACUUCCUUCUCUGGACAGGGAAUGACCACAUUCUUGUAUAACGUAUUAUUAUGCCAUAUUACAUUUUCAGAAUCUGUAGCGCUGGUAUGCAUCUACCGGCACUUUAGCGGGAUCGCUUUUUGACUCAUCAUGGGUUAUGCAAAUCUUAUGGAAACAUUAAUGCUUUGGACCUCCUGUGAGUCGGAAUGGCAAUGUUAAAAAAAAAAAAAAAAAAAAAAAGAACAGGUUAUUUUGAUUAUUUCUUUUGUUAUUACCUUUUUUCAUAUCAGCUGAAAAAAUAUACCCAGCUGUGCAAAACUAUUCUUAAGCUCAAACCUUUUUCGAUAUCUCAUAUUGUAUUGUUGUUUUCUUUUGUUCGAUAGCCUUAGAAAUUUCAAAAAGCUGGUAGUUAGUCCCAGAGUUACGAUUUAACGAUCUUACCUUAAAAAUGGCUAAAUAGCUGUAGCUUAGCCUUAGUAUGUUGUUAUUUGUUGACUUAAAUUCGUGCAGACGAACGGCGGUUCGCCUUCUUAAGGGCAGAGCCUACGCGCAUUCAGUAUGCUGUGGUAUCAGAAAAGUUUCGAGAUUAGUUUUGUAACACGCCAGCAGAUGGCAGCACAAGGCUGCUAUUUUGACCACGUGCUCACCCUGUCACAGAGCAACAACAUAAUCUCACUUCAGAUUUGGCUCCUGCAGACUUCGCUCUUUUCUCGUAGCUGAACAUCCAGCUUAAAAGGUCACUGUUUUGACACCAUUGCAAAGAUCCGGUGCGACUCUCAAAAAGAGUUUUGAAAAAAAUACUUUGCGGACACAUUACAUUACAUUUGAUGGUGAACGUUUGUAUAUAGAUAAGUAAAGUACUUUCUUGUAAACAGAGCGAGUCUCGAAACCUUUCGACUUCGUACGCUGCUACACUUUCCUGCCGAACACAAUUUUGUGAUAUCGUUAUCGUACAAUCAGAAAAUCGUAAGUCGAACCAUCGUAACUCGGUGGACUACCUGUACAUAUUGAUACGCCAGAAAAGGCAGGUUUUAAGGUUCGUUUCAGGGGCACAGUCCUUCAAAGAAAGACCAUGGUGUGUUGUGAGAGGUUAAAAAAUAGGGAUUUGGAUGGAAUGUCUCAUCAUUACUCGUAAGCACUUACUGCCAAUCUGUGAUCCAACCUGCUCCUAGUUCGAUCACUUUUUAAAACAGUGUGGACCUGUCUCCCUCUUGUGGCCAAGUGCAAAACAUGUUCUACAAACCAAACUGGUGUACAAACUGCCUUAUUGAGUAUUCCUUUUUUUGUUGUUGGUUUUUUCUUACAUUUGUGCUUUUGAAAAUUAAUUAAUAAAAACAUUUAUACGUAUGACUGAC